ACUGUCAGCCUCACAAUCAGCCUUGCGUCAUCAUGCCGCCUCCGCCAGACGACGUCCUGCUCUCGAUGCAGUCAUCUCUCCGCAAUGCCCUGGCGUCCUUCGGACCUGACAGUAGACAGUACCUCAUGAUCAAGCACAUGGUCGCUGAAUACGAGGCUAAGCUUGCCCUCGAGAGCUUGUCGUUGGAGAUGGAUGAUGGAAUGGAGCGUUGAGGCUGGGAGGCGACGAGCGGGCCGACAUAGAAGGGAAUCGACUUGGCGCACUUGUUCUGAUGUCCAGAUACGAACCGUACCUGCGAAGUCUUUGAUGAGUUAAUUUGGCUGGACUGCUCUAUCGGCCCUUGUAUCGUCUAUCCCAUGCUGCCUCACGCUCAACGCUUGGCUGCCACUACACCAUCGGAUCUGGGCGCAUUCACCAUCGGAUCUGGCAAAUUCUUAUGAGGGGUCUGAAUCUGCCGAAUCAAGACCCUAUGCCCUGUGGCAACCCAUCACGUGUCUACCGCUUUCACGCAUUUCUAUCACGCUAUUGGACAAUACCUGGACGGAGUCACGUCCGUUCCCACAUCCGCGGUGGGCAUCCAGAGAAAAAUAAGCCUCGCCUCCGCCGGUGUACAGCCUUACUUCAAGUCGGCAAUCUUCCUCUCUCAAGCCUCAUUUAUGGUAAGCUCGUCCU